ACUGAGAGAGCGGUGUAAUGAUAAAAGCCGCAUUUGCGGUACACUCCUCGCACCUCAUAUAAGUCAGGAAAAAACGGAGAAACCGCCUUAUUUCAUUCUUCCUCGAGCCCUAGACUUAUCCACGUCUCUGAGAACAUUGUGAAGCAACACCAUGUCCAGGCCGUCAGGGGGCGGUGUUGUCAAUGAUGUCACCCGAUUCCUGUCCACGGGGGCGGUGCCAGGCUCGCCCACUUCCUCUACCCCCACUGGCCACGUAUUCUCCGCCUCCAGCCAGGCUGAUUGGGCGGCCAAGAGGCUCGUCUGGGUUCCAUCGGAGAAGCACGGCUUUGAGUCUGCCAGUAUCCGUGAGGAGCGUGGGGAUGAGGUGGAGGUGGAGCUAACAGACAGCCAGAGGAAGCUGACCCUGUCCAGAGAGGAGGUCCAGAGGAUGAAUCCUCCCAGGUUCAGUAAGGUGGAGGACAUGGCUGACCUCACCUGUCUCAACGAAGCCUCCGUCCUACACAACCUCAGAGAGAGAUACUACUCUGGCUUGAUAUACACAUACUCGGGCCUGUUCUGUGUGGUGAUCAACCCCUAUAAGAACCUGCCCAUCUACACAGAGUCUAUAGUGGAGAUGUACAGAGGGAAGAAACGCCAUGAGAUGCCCCCUCACAUCUAUGCUAUAUCAGAGGCUGCCUACCGCAGCAUGCUACAAGACAGGGAAGAUCAAUCUAUCCUCUGCACAGGCGAGUCUGGCGCAGGGAAGACAGAGAACACUAAGAAAGUAAUCCAGUAUCUGGCUCAUGUGGCCUCGUCCCAUAAGACUGGAACUCUGGGUAGAAACAAGGAGGCCUCACAGAUGGAUGGCAGUAGGUCGUUGCCCAGGGGCAGUUCUAUGGUGAACAGGAGUGUGCAAUAUGGGGAGCUAGAGAGACAGCUGCUACAGGCCAACCCCAUCCUGGAGGCCUUCGGAAAUGCCAAGACUGUCAAGAACGACAACUCCUCCAGAUUUGGCAAAUUCAUCCGUAUUAACUUUGACGUGGCUGGAUACAUUGUCGGUGCCAACAUUGAGACCUACCUGCUGGAGAAGUCGAGGGCGAUCCGCCAGGCCAAAGAAGAGAGGACCUUCCACAUCUUUUACCAACUCAUGUGUGGAGCUUCAGAGGCCACCAGAGCGGACCUUCUCCUGGGUAGUGCUGACCAGUACAGGUUUCUGAGUGGAGGUGCUAUUCCUGUUCCAGGCCAGAGUGACGCUGACAACUUCACCCAGACCAUGGACUCUAUGACCAUCAUGGGAUUCACACCUGAGGAGUCUCUGUCCAUGUUGAAGGUGAUCUCUGCAGUGCUCCAGUUUGGGAACAUCUCGUUCACUAAGGAGAAGAACCAGGACCAGUGCUCCAUGCCAGACGACACGGCUGCCCAGAAACUGAGCCACCUGCUGGGCAUCAGCGUGCUGGAGUUCUCCCGGGCCAUCCUCACCCCGAGGAUUAAAGUAGGACGCGAGUACGUCCAGAAGGCCCAGACCAAAGAACAGGCUGACUUUGCAGUGGAGGCGUUGGCCAAAGCUACAUAUGAGCGUCUGUUCCGUUGGCUGGUCCACAGGAUCAACCGAGCGCUGGACCGCAGACAGAGACAGGGAGCCUCUUUCAUAGGCAUACUGGACAUAGCAGGCUUCGAGAUCUUCCAGUUGAACUCAUUUGAGCAGCUGUGCAUCAACUACACCAAUGAGAAGCUGCAGCAGCUGUUCAACCACACCAUGUUUAUCCUGGAGCAGGAGGAGUACCAGAGGGAGGGCAUCGAGUGGAACUUCAUCGACUUCGGCCUGGACCUGCAGCCCUGCAUCGACCUCAUUGAAAGACCGGCCCAGCCCCCUGGUGUGCUGGCCCUAUUGGAUGAGGAGUGUUGGUUUCCGCGGGCGACAGAUCGUUCAUUUGUGGAUAAGCUGUCUGCUGAGCAGGGGACACACCCUAAAUUCUUCAAACCACGACAAAUACGACAAGAGGCCGACUUCGCCAUCAUACACUACGCUGGGAAGGUGGACUAUAAGGCAGAUGAUUGGCUGGUGAAGAACAUGGAUCCUCUGAAUGACAACAUAGCAUCUCUCCUCCACCAGUCCUCUGAUCACUUCAUCUCUGAGCUCUGGAGAGAGGAUAUUCAGACUCUUCCUCGUGUAUAUUUCUUUGACUCCUAUGCCACACUGCAGACCAAUGGCUCUGACAUGGAGAGGAUUGUGGGGCUGGACCAGGUGUCCAACGACACCAACAGUGGGCCGGUCAACUUCGGGGCGGGGCUGAAGACUAAGAAGGGGAUGUUUAGGACUGUGGGACAGCUCUACAAGGAGUCCCUCACCAAGCUGAUGGCAACGCUACGCAACACCAACCCUAACUUCCUCCGCUGUAUCAUCCCCAACCAUGAGAAGAAGUCUGGUAAGCUGACUCCCCAUCUGGUUCUGGACCAGCUGAGGUGUAAUGGAGUCUUAGAGGGGAUCCGUAUCUGCAGACAGGGCUUUCCCAACCGCAUCCCCUUCCAAGAGUUCAGACAGAGGUAUGAGAUCCUGACUCCUAAUGCUAUCCCUCGUACCUUCAUGGAUGGGAAACAGGCCUGUGAACUCAUGAUCAGUGCGUUGGAGCUGGACCGUAACCUUUUCAGAGUUGGGCAGAGCAAAGUGUUCUUCAGGGCUGGAGUCUUAGGUCACCUGGAGGAGGAGAGAGACCUGAAGAUCACUGACACCAUCAUACGCUUCCAGAGUGCUGCCCGAGGAUACCUCGCACGCAGCUUUGUGGAAGUUACCUGUGGCGCUGAUGUUUAG